AUGGCGGCGUCCCUGGGACGACUUGGAUACGUUUCUUAUCUCGUUUUUUAUUUAAUUCUGACAGUAGAACUUUUGAGUGGACACGAUACAUUAGCUUCGGAGCUGCCGUGCGCCCAAAACUGUACCUGUAUUGGGGACUCGGUGGACUGUAGCGGCCUCGAGCUGACAGCGACGCCUCCGGACCUGCCUGCCCGGACUGUUUCCUUAAAUCUUGGCCACAACAAGUUGACUACCAUCACUGUGGAAGCUUUCGCAAACCUGCCCAACUUGAAAGAACUGCGGCUGGACCACAAUGACCUGACCUCCAUACCCGAUUUAGGACAGGCCGCUUCCACGAUUGCAUUGCUCUACCUACAUCACAAUAAGAUCAGAAUUAUAGACGGCAGACGAACCAGAGAACUGGUGUCUGUGGAAACGCUGGACCUCAGCAACAAUGACAUCACCGAGCUGCGGGGGUACUGUUUUCCUGCUGGUCUUCAAAUCAGAGACCUGUAUCUGAGCAACAACAAGAUCAGCGUGUUAGAGACGGGGGCUCUGGACAACCUGGGCUCCACUCUUCAGGUCCUGAGACUGAGCCGCAACCGCAUAAGCCAAGUCCCUGUGAGAGCCUUCCAGCUCCCAAGGCUGACUCUGCUUGAGCUGAACAGGAACCGUAUUCGCCAAGUGGAGGGUCUGACAUUCCAGGGUCUGUCCAGCCUUGAGGUGCUGAAGCUGCAAAGAAACAGCAUCAACAAGCUUACCGACGGGGCCUUCUGGGACCUGGCAAAGAUGAAAGUCCUUCAUCUGGACUACAACAGUCUUACAGAGGUGAACAGUGGCUCCUUGUACGGCCUGACUUCCCUCCAGCAGCUUUUCCUCAGCAACAACACCAUAGCCCGCAUCAAUCCUGAUGGAUGGAAGUUCUGUCAGAAACUCAGGGAACUAAAUCUGUCGUACAACAACUUGACUCGUCUGGAUGAAGGAAGCCUGGCUGUGUUAGGGGAUCUGAACACUCUCCGUCUGGGCCACAACUCCAUCAGCCACAUCACAGAGGGAGCCUUCAGAGGCCUCAAGGCUGUACGCAUCUUGGAGCUGGACCAUAACGACAUCUCUGGCACAAUAGAGGACACCAAUGGAGCCUUCUCUGGAUUGGACAGUCUCAACAAGCUGACUCUGUUUGGAAACAAGAUCAAGUCCGUGGCCAAGAAAGCCUUCUCUGGUCUGGAGACCCUGGAACACCUGAACCUGGCAGGGAAUGCUAUACGUUCCAUCCAGCCCGACGCCUUCACUAAAAUGAAGAACCUUAAGUCUCUACUCAUCCAGAGUGACAGCUUCCUGUGCGACUGCCAGCUCCAAUGGCUGCCCGAGUGGCUGCUGACACGUGGUUUGCAGGCUGGAGUCAAUGCCACAUGUGCCCAUCCAGAAAGCCUGAAGGGCACGGGCAUCUUCCAGGCUCCGUCCAGGAGCUUUGUUUGUGACGACGUCCCAAAGCCUCAGAUCACGGUCCAGCCAGAAACAACAGUGACAGUCUUUGGUAGCAAUGUACAGCUCACCUGUACUGCUGCCAGCAGCAGCUCCUCCCCCAUGACCUUCGCAUGGCGUAAGGACCAGGAACUACUUCAACACGCAGAUACUGAAAACUACACCCACGUACAAGCACACCAUCGAGGCAACGGGCCCGACGCGACAGUUGCUGCUGGAGGCGUAACGGAGUACACCACAAUCCUGCACCUGCGACAAGUCACCUUUGCACACGAAGGUCGUUACCAGUGCAUCAUCACCAACCACUUUGGCUCCACCUACUCCAGCAAGGCCCGGCUCAUCGUCAACGUUCUUCCAUCUUUCGACAAGACUCCAAAGGAUAGCACCAUCAGGACUGGUCACACGGCCAGGCUGGAGUGUGCUGCCAAAGGCCACCCGUCACCACAGAUUGCCUGGCAGAAAGAUGGCGGCACAGAUUUCCCCGCCGCCCGUGAGCGCAGGAUGCACGUAAUGCCCGACGACGACGUCUUCUUCAUCAUGGACGUCAAGCCAGAGGACAUGGGCGUGUACAGCUGCACUGCCAAAAACACAGCGGGCACAAUUUCCGCCAAUGCUACGCUCACUGUUCUCGAAACCCCCCACCUGGCCCAGGACCUGGAGGAUCGCAGCGUGGUGGUCGGGGACACGGUGGCGCUGCAGUGUAAGGCCCUGGGCAGCCCCCAGCCCCGCAUCACCUGGUUGCGAAACGACCAGCCCCUGCGCCCGUCGGAGCGUUAUCACUUCACCGCGGGGAACCAGCUGCUGAUCAUCGGCGCCGCCUCCAUGGAAGACGCCGGUCGUUACACCUGCCUCAUGUCCAACACGCUGGGCACGGUGCGUGCUCACAGCGAGCUGGUGGUCACGCAGAGCAGAAAUGUCUGCGCGGCGCCAUCCGGGCCCAGCACAGUCACUAUAGGCAUCAUCGUUAUCGCCGUGGUGACGAGUAUAGUGGUGACAUCACUGGUGUGGGUGUGCAUCAUCUACCAGACCAGGAAGAAGAGUGAGGAGUGCAGUGUCACCAACACAGAUGAGACGAUCGUUCCCCCAGACGUCCCCAGUUACCUGUCCUCUCAGGGCACUCUGUCCGAGCGACAGGACGUGUGCAUCCGCGUGGAGGCCGGUGGUGGACCUCAGCCCAACGGACAUGUCACUGAAACCUCAGGCUUCGACCCUGCCGUGGUGUGCACAGACUGCAUGGAGAACUGCAACAACUACUCCAAAGAUUCAGACUACUUGGCACAGAAUUACCGCCCCGCCAGAGGCACGGAGUACGAGCAGUACUCCAUUCCACCACCGUACUCUCGCUGCUACCCAGCAGAGCACCACGAACCGGGGUCUCAGGCCGCGCCGCACUGCAACGGGACACCCAACGGGAUCCGGAAGGAUAUUCAGGGAUCCACAUAUCCAAAAAACCACAACACGUUACAAGGAAACCAACAUGACAGAAAAGUCAGCCCAGCGGGGAAGACGUCCACGUGUCUGUCCUCGCCGGAAGAAUCCUUCCACAAACCGGUAAAGUUGACCGGCAUGAAAAGCUACGACCGCACCGACACGGAGUGCGAACAGGAGCUCAGACAGACUCUACUGCCCAACGGACACGCCCUCAGAGCCUCCGACAGCGAGAGCGCCCCUUUAAGGAGAGCCAGCGACUAGCAGGAGCUGGCUCUCGGCCCCUGAACACGGACUCGUGCAACAAUGAGCGAACCUUUUCUUCUUUUUUUUUUUGCACUGGGAAUAAACUGCUACCUCAUGUUGGAGGAGAGUGAACCUGAGCCUCCUGGGCAUGGACUGAUAAAGAAAACACACCAGGAGGGGGCGGAAACACAGAGGGCAUCCGGAGAGUGAAGACGGAGCUUGUGUGGGUGGCAUCCCAUCUGAGCGUUACGGCUGUACAUAGUUAUAACCUUCCUCUGGGAGGUGACCUGUUCAAAUUCUAGCUCCAGACAAAUGUUAUCUACAUUUGAAGCAUGUAAAUGUAGGGAGUCAUGUACAGUGUUUGUAUGUGCAGGGGCGAAAAUGAGAGAAUUCUACCUUUGGACCUUUGACUGUAUAUAAGAGUUUUCCUAUAUUAUAUAUAUAUGUGUAUAUAUAUAUAUAUAUAUUAUAGCUUUUACAAAAAAAGAGUAUUUGAGUUUAUUUGCAUGACAAAGAAAGGAGUGAUGGUAUUUUUAUUUUUUCUUCAAAAACAAAACAAAAACAAAAAAAAACAAAGCUUUUACAAACGUUCAGCUGCGGUGCCUUAAUGCAUGAUCAAAGUAAGAAACCUGGUGACUGUGUUUAUGGGCAGACGUUUCACUCACUCACAAACAAUCAACGCAUCAACCUGAUUGCACUUGAAUGUUUUUUUUUUUUAUUUCUGUCCACAUAAAGACACAGACUUCAACACCUGGUUCUGUAUGAAGGAAGAGCUGUGACGGAAAACCAUGUCACAUGGUUCGCUCGGUCAAAGCACUUUCAUUUAAGAGGACACCAUUUAUUUUCCUCCUAGGGUCCUAGCUCCUCCAGAAUUUUGUAUGUGAAUUUAACAGGUACGAUCGGGAACACGGCGCAAAGCUUUUCAGAACUCACAGAGGAGGAAACAUUCUUCAGAUUCUAAAUUUUUUAAAAAAAUGACUGUAUGUUUGCGCUCACACGUGAACAAACAUCAGCAGUGAUUCUCAGCAGCACACAGUUAACAUCUGGGAUGGAAAUUUUGUUUCAAAAACCAUGUAAUGAAACCAUUGGAUUAACAGGUGAACCCAUGACACAUUUGACGUUAUUAUUAUUUUUAACAAUGUUUUCAGCAACUUAGGUUUUUUUUUGUGCUUAAAUAUCAUCAGGCAACUGACCUGGUUUGGGUUUGACUUCUUUCAGUUGUCUUCUUUCAUUGAAAUGACCUGGGAAAGACAGAAAUCACUAACAUGUCUUAGACGCUACUGCACUAUAAACUUCCUUCAACACAGUUUAAAAACAAAAGCCUGAACAGAAAGUUUAGUGUUUGAUUUUUAAAACAUGGUCCCAGGGUCAGAGGGUCUCAUGAACCAGCUCCCCCUAAAUCCUAACAGCAGACUAAUCGUUAGCACACAGUCUGUGUGCUCAGUAUUUGAUACCAUGGUGAUGAAUGGUGUGGAUUGAAUACAGAAAACCAUCCGUCACUGUGUGAAACUCAUCUCUGUCUGCAUGCAUGACAAGUGAAUGCACUUGAGCAAUGAUGAUGUGCGAUCGGCCAAAUUUCGGUGUUUUUGAAAUAAAGAAAGAAAAGUUGGAAAACAA